UAUGUUGAAAUUGUUAUAGUUUUACUUUUAACAAUUGUGUAUCCGAGUGUUUUGUUAAAUGUGAAAAUUAAAACACCGUUCUGAGUUGUGUGUUUUCCAAAAAAAAAAAAAAAACACACACACUUUGGCGUUAGCUAAUUCGAUAUACUAAAUACAUAUUAAAUAAAUCAUAAAAUUUGGAUAUAAAUAUGACCGUCUUCUCGAAAUAUGUCGACCGUAUAGCGGAAAAAUAUGAACAAUCCGGACUCCCAAAUCAGGCAUUCAGUUACGCCCUGGUGGGAACGGCCCUAUUUGCAUUAACAAUCAAGGUAACAGUUCCAUAUAUUAAAAAUAUCAAAUGCGCAAAGGAUGAAAAUGGAAAAUCGAAUGUCGGCAAGGGUGCGCUCACACCUUUAGAGAUCGAUGCUACGGACGAGGAGUCUAAGUUGGCCGAGGCCGAGAAACUGCUGGUGGAGCAGCAAUUGAAGAUGAAAAAUAAACAAAUGCUGGAGCCGGGCCUUAAUAAGGAAUUUCUUAAGCAGCUUGGCAUGCUGGUUAGGAUCAUGAUACCGCACAAGCUGUGCUAUGAAACCGGACUCCUUACCGUACACACCUUGUGCCUAAUAUCCAGGACAUUCCUCAGCAUUUAUGUGGCGGCAUUGGAAGGAGCUAUUGUUAAGUUUAUCGUGCGAAAGGAUGUGAAACAGUUCGCUCUUGUAUUGAUGAAAUGGUUUGGCAUUGCGAUCCCAGCCACAUUUGUUAAUUCAAUGAUACGAUUUCUGGAGAGUAAACUAGCUUUGGCGUUUCGGACUCGUUUGGUGCGUCACUCGUAUCGAUUGUAUUUCAAGAAUCAAAAUUACUAUCGAGUAUCGAAUCUUGACGGACGCAUCGAGAACGCAGAUCACAGACUUACCGAGGAUAUUUCAGUGUUUGCCAGCUCCGUGGCCCAUUUGUAUAGUAGCUUGACUAAACCUUGUUUUGAUCUAAUGUUAAUUGGCUUGGCAUUAAUGCGCUCCUCCAGAAAGAUGAAGGCCAAUAUCUUAUCAGGCCCAGCUCUGUCUGUGAGUGUCAUUGCGCUUACCGCUCACAUAUUACGUAUUGUGUCGCCGAAAUUUGGACAACUGGUCUCGGAGGAGGCGAAUCGUUAUGGCUAUCUUAGGCAUAUCCAUUCACGUAUUAUAACAAAUGCGGAGGAAAUUGCAUUUUACGGAGGACACAAGGUGGAGUUGCAGCAGCUGCGCACCGCAUACAAUCGACUCGUGAAUCAAAUGAAUAGCAUAUUUAGCCAAAAGCUUUGGUUUAUAAUGCUGGAGCAGUUUUUCAUGAAAUACGUAUGGUCCGGCACAGGAAUGGUAAUGGUUUCCCUGCCAAUAUUAACGGGUACGGCUGUAUCCAAAAACUCAGAUAAUACCCACAUAACCGCCGAGGUCAACGACUCGAGUGUGAGCGAGCGUACCCAAUAUCUGACGACGGCCAGAAAUCUGCUCAUAUCGGCAGCGGAUGCUAUCGAGCGUUUGAUGUCGUCCUAUAAGGAGGUUGUGGCAUUGGCCGGAUACACUUACAGAGUGGCUGGAAUGUUGGAUGUUUUCGAGGAGACUGCACAGGGAAUUUACAGCAAGGCCACCCUGGUCGCGAAUGAGGAAAUGAACGGUAUCAUAGAGUUCCGCGAAGGCAAGCCGAUAGCCAAGGGUCGCAUUAUUUACUCGGAUGAUCCCGGCAAUAUGUCGAUCUGUCUCCGGUCUGUACCGGUCGUUACCCCCAACUGUGAUAUUGUUGUGCCAAGUUUGACUCUCUGCAUUGAGCCCGGAGUGCAUCUCUUGAUAACGGGCCCCAAUGGCUGUGGUAAAUCCAGCCUGUUCCGCAUUCUAAGCGGACUCUGGCCAAUCUAUGCCGGAGAGCUGCACAUACCGCGUCCUGUCGAAAACAAGCCCUGCAUGUUUUACAUCCCCCAGCGACCCUAUAUGUCCAUUGGCAGCUUAUGUGAUCAAAUCAUAUAUCCGGAUACACGGGAGGAUAUGAAACGUAAAGGCAUCACCGAAAAUGAGCUAAUGAACAUUCUAAAACUGGUCACGCUCGAGCAUAUUGCGCAACGUGACAGCUUUGAUGUUGUGCGCGAUUGGAAAGACAUUCUCUCCGGAGGAGAAAAACAACGAAUGGCCGUGGCUCGUCUAUUUUAUCACAAGCCGCGUUAUGCGCUUCUCGACGAGUGUACGAGUGCAGUGUCCAUUGACGUUGAGAGCUCGAUUUAUGACAUUGCCAAGAAGAUGGGCAUCACGCUUCUGACAAUAACACAUAGACCAACCCUGUGGAAAUUCCACACGCACAUUCUUGAGUUUGACGGUCAAGGAAGCUGGAAGUUCAGGAAAAUGGAUCCCAAUGAGAAGCAGAAGGAGAAGUUCAUUCACUAAUAUCCGAAUUACAUAUAGAAAAAACGCUCAAGUGAAUAAAGACUAUAGAGAGUGUCAGGAGGAGUAUAGCGUUACGGUUUAGAAAACAAUCGAGUGCUUAAAAAUGUACAAGGUAUCUUCCAGUCGUACACUUGUUUUAUUAUGGACAUUAAACAUACUUUUAUGUAUAUUUUUGAAUUGAUUAGGAUAUGCUACACAGCUGUAAGUUCAGGAAAAAUGUAUCCUAUUGAGAAAAAUCUUUCAUUCACCAAUAUCCAUAUGAAGUAUUAAUAACCCUAGAGUGAAUUCAGUUUAAAUAAAGUUCACAUCAAGUUAUCGUUGAAA